UGUUCAGAACACCGUGGACAAGCAAAGCGCCCAGCUCUCCAGUAAACAUGGGACGCCACUUUGGAAACUUGGCCAAGGUCAGGCAUAUAAUCACAUACAGUCUGUCCCCUUUUGAGCAGAGGGCUUUCCCCAACUACUUCUCCAAGGGAAUCCCAAAUGUGUGGAGGAGGGUCACGUCGUCUUUCUUCAAGUUGCACCCCUGGGGCAACAGCGUCCAUCAGCAGGGCAAGAGGAAGAAUUCAGCCGACUACGAGAACGAUCAAUGA